AUGGGGCCACCGUGCAAGACAUGCAGCUUCUCAGUGGCCAAGUGGGAUCCAUGCUCCCCGCCUCUCUGUGGAGGAAAGAGACCUACCCCAGAUGGGGCAGCGGAGGAAGGGCCAGGUCACAGCAGGGCAAAAGGAAGGGGGCGGGGAACCCACAGCCCAAGCCUCCUCCUCUCUGGGAAGACAAGCUCCCUGCUGUGGCCGCUGAGAGUGCUGGCUCUGGAAUUUCAAGGGCUCAGUUUGCUCAGCUGGAAAGUGGGAGGAACAGAAGCCAUCCCCUGGGGCUCCGAGGUCCUGCAGACAGGAUGCUGGCUCAGAAAAUGGCAUCUGCCCAGGAGGAAAGCCAGUCCCCAAAAAGGUUACAUCCUCUACGAUUCCCUUCAGAUAGCAUAUUUGAAGUCACACAAUGAUAUCGCGAUGGAAGACAGAUUAGGGACACGGCGGAUGGAGGUGGAGUCGGGGCGUGGUUAUGAAAGAGCCCCAGGAGGGAUCCUUGUGCCGUUGGAAAUGUCCUGCAUCCUGCCUGUGACGGAGGAUCCACAAACCUGUGAUGAAAUUGUGUGGAACUAG